AUGCCUAUCACAGAAGAAGUGCUUGAGGCCACGACUCUCGGUCGCGCGAUCAACAAAGCGUCCGACAAGACGGUCCGCGCGGUUCUCAAUUCCAUCUGCGCGAAAAACGAUGAGGCCCGCAAAGAAGCCGAAAGUCAACUGUUGGUAUUUACCGACAGCGAGGAGGGGUCUGUAAACGUCAAGAUCUCAGUACCACGGUACGCCCUUUGUUUCAAUUGCGGGGAGAAAUUCGAUGUCACAGCCAAUACGAACAAAAGUUGUCAAUAUCAUACAGAGAAAAGUGAGCCUACUGGUGAGGACCUUUAUGUGGACAACUAUGGUGAAUUUGAUGUGGAAGAAAUGCGCGAUGAUUGGCCAGAGUGCUUUACGUUUGCGUGCUGUGAUGGAAAUCUCAGAGACAACCCUGAUGGGUGUGUAUUUAACUUCCAUCAAGAGCCACAUGCCAACAGCAAGCCGUCAAAACGCGCAAGAGUCUACUAA